AUGGGACUUGCUAAAUGUGGAGAAGUCGAUGAGUCUAGUAGAUUGUUCGAUAGAAUCUCAUUGCGAAAUGAGGUUUCUUGGAAUAGUAUGCUGAGUGGUUAUGAUAGAAAUGGGAAGUGGAGCGAGGCAUUAAUGGAUCUUUUCAGCAAAAUGCAUGAGAAAAUAAGGCCAAGCGAGUUUACACUGAUGAGCAUGUUGAAUGCUUGCGCAAAAUUAGGAGCUCUUGAACAAUGGGAAUGGAUUCAUGACUAUAUAUAUAUAACGAAAAAUAACAUUGAAUUGAAUGUUAUUGUAGUAGCAGCAAUCAUGGACAUGUACCGCAAAUUUAGAAACAUUGAAAUGGCUCGCCAAGUUUUUGAGGCUGUCCAGAGGAAAGGAUUAUCGCGUUGGAAUUCAAUGACGUUGGGAAGAUAA